AUGGAGAUACCAGCAGUGAUCCGGUUUUCAGUUCCAAAGAAUCACUCUGUCUGCCUGCCGUGUGGCAGCUCUGACAGUGCAGAUGUGAUCUGGACUCUUCAGGAUAAGGAGGUCCUGGUGACCCGACGAGGCAGCUACAUGACCAACAAGGACCGCCAGCACUACCUUCUCAAGCCUAAUGGCCUCUGCAUCCUACAUCUGGAUGAGUCACAUAAUGGAGGAUACCGCUGUAACCAGCAGCUGGUGGCUGAGCUGCAGGUUCUGACAGGCCACGAAUAUGUGGUGUCUGCAGGCCGGACGCUGCUGCUCCCCUGCAGGGGCUCCUUCAAAUCCAAGCAGAGGUGGUUCCAGCAGAGAGAGGAUGAGAGGCGGGAGGCCAUCCUCACCAAGUUCAAAAACGGUACGGUGAAACCUGAGAAGGAUGGCGGCCGGCUGAGCUUUAGCAACAACGCCCUGCAGAUCCAGGACCUACAGCUAGAGGACGCUGGAGAGUAUCUGUGCAAUGGAGUGCUGCAGGCUAGGGUCACCAUCCUCCCAGUGCAUCCAGAGACAACUGCCAGGACAACUCCAUCGUCUGCAGUAAUGACAACAGUGGCUGAAACAAAGAAGAUCAACAUGAAGCCUGAAAUCGUUCUGCUGCUGAUUGCUGUUGUCAGUUUGGGGUUAAUGAUCAUCUUCUUAGCUGCUGUCUGUGUUUUACUGACCAGCAUGAAGUGCAGGAGGAAGAAGAAAUACAGAGCUGCAGCGACACCGAGACGUGAGGACACGGAGCUGCAGCCGUGGAAGCCGUCCAGCAGACAAAAGGAGUGUGAGGAGUGUGAGACGCCGUCCUUGCAGGGUGAGAUGAUCCACUAUGCCUCUCUGGGCCGACAGAACUGGAGGGAGAGACCCAGCAGGAGUCCGCCGGAUCAGAGUCACCACAGCGUCAUCUAUUCCUCCGUCAUCACCAGACCUGCUGCCAGAUAGAGUCCACGCAGACAGAGUCCAGCUUUCUCGUUCUUCAGCAGCGUGCACUCCUUUAUCCGAGCAGAAACUCUAAAAGCUGUGAGUCUGUAUGAAGUUAACAGAGUCUGAAGCUGCCACAAACACAAGAAGCUAUGAAAUCAGUUUCACUGAUUACAACUCAUUACUGUGUUAAACAAUAGUUUAAGGCUGUGAUUGGAAACGUUAUUUCCCUUUUUUUUUUUAGUAAGCAUUCACAUUUGUACAAGUGUCAUUGCCCACCUUUCUCCAUACAUUUGGCUCUAAAAAAAGGGAACCCAACAGCUCAUUUCCAGUUCCAAAGUUUAUUCUUGGACUUUAAUGGAGCAGCUUUACAUGAUUUACAGUCCAAAAUAAGCCUCAGUGCAGCCCCUCAGUUUGUCUUCUGUCUGAAAAUGGGCUGUCUUACCUCCUCAAGACCACCCUACCUUUGAAUUUCUUCUUCCCCCUUUCAAUCAGGUUUAAACAGUGGGUGGGUGUGGCUUCUGUCUGCUCUCUGUGACAUCAUACAAAUCCAAAAGUAGGAAAAACAGAUUAAAGGUUCGUGUUUAAAUGAGUCUGAAGCCUGAAUUUACAUGGCACUACUAUCCAAAACUUUGUCGAUGUUUAAUAUCAGUAUCCAACAUUGGGAUGGAUGGAUGGAUAGAUAGAUAGAUAGAUAGAUAGAUAGAUAGAUAGAUAGAUAGAUAGAUAGAUAGAUAGAUAGAUAGAUAGAUAGAUAGAUAGAUAGAUAGAUAGAUAGAUAGAUAGAUAGAUAGAUAGAUAGAUAGAUAGAUAGAUAGAUAGAUAGAUAGAUAGAUAGAUAAUCUUUAUUGUCAUUCUACACAACAUCAAUGAUGCACUGCAGAACGAAAUUACGAUGCAUGUUAGGUCGCAACAUAAAACAGCUGGAUAAACCAUGAAAUAUAAAGCAUAAAAUAUAAUAAAAUAAAAUAGAAUAAAACCAGGUAAAAAAAAAGAGGGAUGGCCAUAUAAAUAUAAGUGCAACUUCUGUAAUUUGUGCAGAAAUGUAUGAGAAAUAGAAUGGCAUGUACAGAAUAAUUGGAAACAGGCAGAUAUAUUAACUUCUGACAUUAUCUGCAGUAUUCAAGAGUCUGAUGGCUAAUGGGUAGAAGCUGUCACGAAACCUCACUGUUCUACAUGACAGGCUGCGGUAUCUUCAGGAUAUUUAUGUAUGUGGUGAGUGAACGUUUCCACUCUCAUCUAUCUGAAACUUGGAAAAAAACCAAAAAACGUGAGCAACAUGUUCCAUCUAUCAUUUGCUUUGUUUUCAUUUGCUUUUAACUGAUCCCUAAAAUGUUAGACCAAGGACUCAUUUACAGGUGUCUGUGAGUGCAGGCUCGCAUACACAUCACGCAUGGACGAGCAGCGUUUGCUGGAACGACAACAGAUUUGGCAAUGAAGCUGUAACACGUGGAUGUCUUUGUAAACAGAAUCCAGAACAUAUUCUGAUGUCAGAAUCAGUUUAUUGGUUAAAGAGAAG